UUUAAUUAAAACUCGGACGGGCCACGAGCCUAAGCCAACGAGGCGCGAGCCAUGUAUAGAUAACGAAAUAAAAAUCAGAACGCUUGAGCUCAGACCGAAGAAGAAGAAGAAAGCUGCGAACUGAAAGAAAAAAAAACUAAAUUAGAGAGCAAAUUUGAAGAGGAGAGGAGAAGAGAAAAAUGGAGUCGACGGAGUCGUCUUAUGUGUCAUCACCGGAGGCUGCGAGGAAGAGAUCUCCGCCGCCGCCUAAAUCGCCGACUUCUGAGAAUGCAGAGAAGCCUACAUAUGUCAGGUUUCUUGUCUCCAAUGCUGCGGCUGGUUCAGUAAUUGGAAAGGGUGGUUCAACAAUUACCGAAUUUCAGUCAAAAUCAGGAGCUCGAAUUCAGUUGUCACGCAGUCAUGAAUUUUUCCCAGGAACAUCAGACAGGAUCAUUAUGGUCUCUGGAGCAAUUGAUGAUAUACUCAAAGCUGUGGAACUUAUCCUUGCAAAAUUAUUGGAUGAGCUUAAUAUCAAAGAUAAUGAUGAUGCUGAACCUAGAACAAAAGUGAGGCUAAUUGUUUCCAAUAGCUCUUGUGGCAGCAUAAUUGGGAAAGGAGGGGCUACCAUAAAGUCAUUUAUUGAAGGCUCUCAAGCUGGCAUUAAGAUAUCUCCACAGGAUAAUAAUUUUUAUGGCUUGAAUGAUAGGCUAGUAACGGUUACUGGCACUCUAGAUGAGCAGUUGCGAGCAAUUGAUUUGAUUCUUUCCAAGCUUUGUGAAGACUCUCAUUACUCACAAGCUAUGCAUGCCCCAUUUUCAUAUGCAGGUAUUUUCUUCUCUGGUUUUCAUGGUAUUCCAUAUGCAUAUAUGCUUCCUUCUGUUGCUACAGCGACUUACAAUUCAAUGAGCUAUGCACCAAAUGGGGCUGGAGUGAAGUUCCCGAAUCACAAGGAGGAUCAUAGCAACUCUAUCACGAUCGGUGUUUCUGAUGAGCAUAUAGGACUGGUUCUUGGUCGUGGUGGAAGGAAUAUCAUGGAAAUCAGUCAGGUAAGCGGUGCCAGGAUAAAAAUAUCGGAUAGGGGUGAUUUCAUGUCUGGAACAACUGACAGGAAAGUUACAAUCACGGGAUCACAGAGAGCAAUUCAUCAAGCAGAGUCCAUGAUACUGCAGAAGGUAGCAAACGCCAGUGAGAGGGUGAUGGAUUAGUUUUCCGGUUAUCAAUAGAUUCAAAACCAUUCUUGUCUGAGUUUUUUCAUGGAGUGGCUUAUGACUUCUUCACAUAGUUCAACUCAAAACAUAUCCACAUUCAUUGGCAUGCAAUGAGUUAAUUGAGAAAGCUAUAAGUGCAUGAAGGUAGCAGCAAGAAGGGCAAAUUUUUAUCGAGUACAGCUCUUGUUAGGUAUUCUUCGGAACAUAUAGACUAAUUUUAUUGAUUUAAAAAAAAAAAGGAAACAGAUUUUAGAAUAGGUUAUCAUUUGCAUAACUGAAUUCAAAUUAGCAUAAUUUUCAUUUGGUUAUAUAAUUGUAACAGCUAGCUGUUGUUUACUUUUAUUGAAUAUUUGAACUAUACAUCUUGAGAGGAUACUCUUCUUGACAUUGAAUUUAUGCAGCAGCAUUUCUAAACA